AAAAGCUUACCCAAUUACUCUGAUAAUAUUAAUUGACCCUCCAAUUCUCAUCCUAGUCCUUAAAACAAACAACGAUCAGGCAAUUUUCUUUUAGGCUAUUAAUUAUAAUUAUAUUGUUGCCAAGUAGAGAAGAGAUUGAAGGAAGAAGGUUCGAUAUUUGUGAUUUCUGAUUUCUGAUUUAGGGUUUCUAAAAGGAAAUUAAUCGUCGAAAAUGGCGGCGUCGAAAUCUAGGGUUCCAUACGGUUGGCCGUUUCAGAGGAAUCCUGAGGUUUACCGUCGUCCUUCCUCCAUUACCAGCACUUCGAAGCAGCGAUACUUUUCAAUUUUGCAUAAUCAUUCUAUCUCCAUCUUUACGUACGAUGAUGAUUCUGAUGCUUUUUUGCCUUUGUACAAUCGCACUUUCAAUCUGAUGAAGAAUAUCGACGGUAUACGGUGGUCUCCCUUUGGAUCGUCGUUGCUGUGUGUGAAAGGGAAUCACUUGUUCGUCUUGCUUACUCAACCUUCUUUUCAGGAAUUUAAGUUUUCUGUGGAUGGACAGCUCUCUGCACCUGAAUUUUCGGCUAAGGAAAAUUAUAUAACUGUCAUGUACUGGUUGUCACCCACCCAAGAAUUACAAGUUUGGGAGGCCAAGACUGGAAAGAUCAUGAAAAGCUUUGGCAAUGCAGUUCCUCAGGAAUUUUGUUCAGCUCGACCUCUAGAUUACAUUAAAUGGGAAUACCAUGAUAACUAUUUUGCCGCCCUAGUAGGAUCCAAUCGUAUGGUGACUAUCUAUGAAACCAAAACAUUUUCUCGUGUUAAACAUUUGAUGUUCAAACAAGUACGCGAGUUUGGUUGGUCACCUUCGGCAUCAGUACUAGCACUCUCUGGUGACUCUUAUAUGAAAAUUGUUGAUAUAUGCAGUGGUAAAAAAUUGUAUGGUCAUUCUUGGGAAGGGGUGGAUGAUUAUAAGCUUUUGUGGCAAAGUGAUGGAGACUAUCUUGCCUGUAUAUGCACAGGGUUUAACUACAAGAAAAUUUUUCUGAUAAGCCUUAAGUCUGGAAAGGCCGGGUUCAUUUCUCCUCACCAUGAUUACAUUGAUCUAGCUUGGGAGUGUAAUGGGAAACAAUUUGCAGUUAGUCGCGGAGCUGAUAAUGCAGGGCAAACCACAGUAACCUUUUAUACUAUGAACGAGGAUAAAAAUUAUUUGAGGCAGAGGACCAAAAGUGUAAGUAAUAUGAUUGCACAUUUUCUCUAUUGGUCUCCAAAUGGUAACUAUAUGGUGAUGCAAGGACCAUUAAAUGGUUCCGGAGAGUUGUAUUUUUAUGAUGUGAUAAAACAUCAACAAUUGGCCUUUGUACACUUCAUUGCUAGGAAUCUUCAAUGGGAUGCUAGUGGCAGGUUUUUCUUGACGCGGGCUACUCGUAAGAAUUGCGAUGAAGUGGUUCGGAUUUGGUCUUCACACGGGGAGAAACUUAUUGAUGUUGGUCCGUUCGAUUAUCAUAUGUGCUGGAGCAAUAAAGUGUCACUUGUUGCCGAGAGUGCUAAAUAUGAUGAUUAUACAAAUGAGUCGUCAAGUAUAGGUAUAUGUUCGGGGAUGGUGAAAGUAUCCUUGGAAAGAGACCGAUAGUUGAUUCCACUGCCGAUCCUCCUGAGUAAGCUGAAAAGGAAGCUUUGAUCAUGGAUAAAUGUAUAUGUUUGGGGUGGUGAUUUUGAGCACUCUUAACUGCUUUCACAUAUCUUGUAGCUUAACUGAUGUGCAUUGUCAUCAAGCGCUAGGGAUUUUUUUUCCCUUCUUUCAGUGCUAUAUAUGGACUAAUGACUAUGGAGUUCUUCAAUUAAAAUCUAGAAUGUAUGAUUUUGUGAGAUUUGACUACUCAAAUCAUCUUUUUAAUUAAAGUGAUGAAAUUUGCUGUUUGUUUGGUUGAGCAUUUGAGCUUGUGUUCUUCUAUGCAAUGUGGGAAGGGAAUGUAAGAUUUGUGGAUUACAGAUAA